UUUGUUUAAACACUGGCACUAUACAUUUAGAAUAUGUAUGAAUUAUGUUGGUGGACUUCAUAUUUGGCAUCACUGUCCCUCUUUCACUCACUGGCUGUAGAAACACUCAGGUGGGUUCAUUAGUCCACAGAGGCUGAACUGUUCCUGCAGCAGAGCGGCUCUGCUACUCUUCAGGGAAACUUUAGACUACACGUAUCAUUGUGAACUGUUGCACCUAUUUUAGUGUCAAAUAUCUGGUGUAAGUUUUUUCUAAUUAACGACAAAGAUCGGAGACAAAAGCCCGGAUUUUUUUUGCUUUCUUCAGUGAUAUCAGAUAAACGCUGUGAUCAUCAGAAGAGACACUGACGUGCGCAUCUUUUUCUUCAGCUUCUCACCAUCAAAGCUUUCCUUUCAGAGGGAUUUAAAACCACGACAGCAGAAUUAUUUGGCGGUCUGAGGAUUGUACAGACACCAUACAGGAUCAGGAUUUGUCAUUACAGUCAGGACGAUGGUUUGUUGCGUCCAGGCUCUGCUGUUGUUGGGAGUGCAGCUGGCUCUCUCAGACCGGGCCCUGGCUGUCCCCAGUAUCCCAAACCGCUUCUUCUACCACAAUUUCCUCAAUGGAAAGGGCAACAAAGAAAUUCAUUUCAACGGUGUGAAGCUCCAAGUGGACUCUGCUCAGUCAUCUGUGUUUUCAGUCAGGGGGGGUAAUGCCACUCUGCCAUGCAGGUUUUGGUACGAGCCUGAGCUCAGCUCUCCAAGGGAGGUCCGAGUCAAGUGGUCCUGGUUCCCUGUUGCUGGGGAACAUGAGACAGACGUGCUGGUAGCUAUUGGGUCCCGCAGUCGAAGCUUUGGAGACUUCAGAGGUCGUGUGCAGCUCAGACAGGACUUCCCAGGAGACGCUGCACUCGUGAUGACUGAACUCCAGCUGAAUGAUUCAGGUCGUUACAUCUGUGAGGUGGUAGACGGACUGGAGGACAAGAGCACGUCUGUUGAGCUGGAGUUACGAGGUGUGGUGUUUCCCUACCAGCACCCUCGUGGACGUUACCACCUGAGCUUCCUGGGUGCCCAGCAAGCCUGUGAGGAGCAGGACUCCACACUGGCCACCUUUGCUCAGCUCUUCCAAUCUUGGAAGGAAGGCCUGAACUGGUGCAACGCAGGCUGGCUGGCUGACGGGACGGUCCAGUACCCCAUCACCCAGCCCAGAAUGCCCUGCGGAGGGCACGACCUCGGCCCAGGAGUCCGGAGCUACGGCAGACGCCAGCUCCACCUUCAUCGCUACGAUGUCUUCUGCUUCUCCUCCUCACUGCGAGGGAAGGUCUACUAUCUUCAGCCCUCUCAAAAGAUGAACCUGACGGAGGCUCAGCAGGCGUGUGAGGAGAACGGAGCAGAGAUUGCCAAAGUUGGACAGCUCUUUGCCGCCUGGAAAUUCUCAGGUUUGGAUCACUGCGAUGCUGGCUGGCUGGCUGACGGAAGCGUUCGGUAUCCCAUCACCAGACCAAGAAGAAACUGCGGCCCCUCUGAGCCGGGGGUGCGCAGCUUUGGCUUCCCGCCUCCACAGCACAAGCACGGAGUUUACUGCUACAAGACAGAUGAUUAAUGAACGUUCAGUCGAUCCCAAAUCUUCUGUGGAGUCAGAAAUGUAAAGUUUACACUGAUUUCUUGAAAAUAUUUAUCCUUAUCAGCAAGUGGCUUUAAUAAUAAUGUGUAGGCCCCAGUUUUAUUAUUAUAACUGCAUCUCAUGCUAUUUUUCUAUUAGCACAAUCUCUCUGUGAAUUUAAAGCAUUACUUUAAUGUGAUAUUGUCUCAUUUAUGAGCUUUUCAAACUAUUAUUUGUGAAGUACUUGAGCAUUGAAUUCUGCAAAAGCUAGUAAAUGGACCUUAAAAUGAUUUUGUCAAUAACAUUUGUACUGUUUUAUCAUGCACCUCAGUUGAUUUCCACAUUAAGGUAAGCGUUGAUUUGUGGAUAUUCACAUUCCUGGAAAAAUAAGUUAUUUUGUGUAUCAAAUACAUUUCCACCAUUAAAAUCCUUGUACA